AUGGCAACCGACGACGACCGUCGACCUGGAUACCAGACUUCGCCGCCGACGCAGUGGGGACCAAUGCCUCACAUCUAUCCGCAUUCAUCGCAUGGCACGCCCGUUCAGGAGUUCACUGGGUUCAACUUCGGCCAUCCGCAGAUGCCAAUGGAGCCUGCCGCGUUCGGCGGAGGCAUCCAACAACGACCGGCUGUUCAACAGCUGCAGCCUCUGGUGAUGCCGCAAUGGCCGUCGAUGUUGAACAGUCAGUCGCCUUCGAAUUACCAGCAUGUCUUCCCUCAGCCUUUGCAACCGAUCCAGCCAAUGUCGAUGGGACAGUCGCAGACGCCAGUUUCUGCGUCAUCCGCACGCUCAGCGACAACACCGCGGAAGACGUUGACCGACUCGGAUCGAAAGCGAAUGUGCCAGUAUGCGGAGGAUCACCCGAACAGCAAGCAGACGGAGAUUGGAGCUAUCUUUGGCGUUGAGAGGAGUACUGUAUCGAAGGUCUUGCGGCAGAAGGAGAAGUACCUCUUGAAAGAGGAGGGAAGCCAAUCGCCAGCGAAGCGCGUGAAAGGACGCUCACCGGACAUCGAGCGCACUCUAGCUAAUUGGGCAAAGAAUCAGGAGAGAAAGGGCAGGAAACUUACCGACGACAGCAUUCGCGAUCAAGCGCGCGCCUUCGCUACGACAGCAAGUCCGGAACACCAGCAGGUACUGACUACAGCGUGGCUCGAGAAGUUCAAGCUGAAUCACAACAUUAUGGGCGCGCGAUCUCGAAAGAGCUCACUUGCGCCCGAUGAUGCGGAAGGCAUCUCUUCCGCCGUCUCUUCGUCUCAUACUCCAAGCGGCACUUCUCCGAUCUCGCCAGAAGGUGUUGGUUCUCCUGAACUGCAUAGCGCGCAGAGCCAGGAGAGUCUGCAGAACGAGAGUCCUGAUGCACUGGGAGUGUUCGGUCGACGAGCACCCUUCCACUCGCAGAGCACGAACUCCCUCAACAGCGCUUUCACCGACACAGCACCAUCUUCAACCUUCUCACCACAGCUCAGCGACAACACUUCACCACUCUUCACACCCGACUCCGGAACAGCACCAGGUCCCUUCGGACCCCUGACAGCACGACCCAUCCUCCCCUUAGCGACAGCAUCGAACACCCAGCGUCCGCGAAGCCAGACCAUGCCAGUAAUCUACGACCCACAGUCGUCCGAUGAUCUACAAACGCCAAAAUACAUCCCUUCAGCCGCCAUGCUCGACUCGCCAAUGGAAGAAGCCUCCGACCCAAUUUUCAGCAUGGACGAGGCAGUCCACGCGCUCCCCUCAACCGACAGGCCUCAGACCGUGUCUCCAGCAGAGACGAUGCGACCACCUCCAUUACCAGCGCAUGUCGCGCAACGUGGCUCUCCUUCAGCGUCUGGCGCGAUCAGCCCGGAGCAAGCGCAGCGAUCGCUUGAAGUCGUAAUGCAGUACAUCGAGCAGCAGGACACCGGAUUCUUGGACUUCCAGCAGAGCAUCCACGUCGAGAAAUUGAUGACGAAGCUUAAGCAGCAGCGCUCAAGGUCGGGAAGUUGA